UUACGUGGUCAAUUGCGCAGUUUAUCGGGGCUUAACGUUGGAAAUAACGGCUCCCAAAUUGAAGUUUCAUGGAUUUUCCACGUUCACACGAUGAGUCGAAUGGUCGCAUUAUUACUAUUGGCAGCUGUAGCUGUUGUUACAGCUGAGGAGAUGGUGGCGGUCGUACGCCUAACACCGCACGACGUUAAGGUGCAGAAUGUGACGGGUAACUUGAAAAUCGUUCAGUCCGUCCCGAAUGGGCCUGUCACCAUCACCGGUACAAUCUAUGGACUUACAGAAGGGCUUCAUGGUUUUCACGUACACGAGAAGGGAGAUUUGAGCGACGGUUGCACAUCCGCUGGAGCCCACUUCAAUCCCGAGAAUGUAACUCACGGUGCACCGGAAGAUACUGUCAGACAUGUCGGUGAUUUAGGAAAUAUCCAAGCCAAUUCUCAGGGAGAAGCAGCAGUAAAUAUCACUGACAACAUCAUUUCGCUCAGCGGACCGAACAAUAUCCUGGGUAGAUCUAUGGUAGUCCAUUCCGACGAAGAUGAUCUUGGCAAGGGUAACCACACUCUCUCUUCGACAACCGGAAAUUCCGGGAGCCGUUGGGCGUGUGGUGUCAUCGGUGUCCAAUCGCCGACAGAAAGUUGGAAUUCCGGCUCGUUUACCACGCCGAAUGCAUCGAUUUUCGUGAUAUUCUUCCUCGUCAUCGCUUAUCAACAUUUAAAGUUCUAACGACCCCGCGGAAGUUCGAAGUAUAAUUUCGCAUCUUGUACGAAGAUAAAUAAAUUAGCUACGAUUGUGUCCGCGCGCAAUUUAAAGCAGGAAACAGCGCGAGAGCUUUAUGACCAUCGAUUGUUCAACACAGCAUAUCAACAAUGAAGAAUAAUAAGAAUUUUUAACAAAUUGAAAUGUUACGAAAUAGCGUGAUGUUAGCAAUUCUUGUCUUGAUAUAAACGUAACUUAAAAGCACUAGCUGAUUACAUUUUAAAUUUCAUUGAUAAAAUUUCAUUGACGAAAGAUGCGACGCAGUAAUUGCAUUUAUUAUGUACCUGCGAUAAUACCAAAUUACUUGCUCAAGUUAAUACAUCAAUAUCUGAAAUAAUGAAAUUUUUUAUAUUCGUAUCAUUCACAAUAUUAAGCAAAUUUUAAUAUUACCCAGAAGCAUUUAAUUUGUGCGUGCGUGCGACUUUAAUCUGAGCUAGAAAAAUGAUUUUUACUUGAUAAUUCGCAAUAUUGUGUAUCUACUUAAUUAAUUAUGUAAGAUGUGUAAUUGAGCAAUAUAUAAGUGUCAUUUAUCAUA